AUGGAGCCAACAGCCAAGGGACGGACUGAGAAGAGUUUCAGCUACGUCAUCAGAGCCCCCAGCAGUGAGGGGUUCGACAUAAUGAACGUUGAUGUGAAGAUUGACACAUCCUGGAUAUUCCAGGACAUGGAAGAUAGUGCUGAGGAGCGGGAAUGUCUUCAGGAAGAAGCAGCUGGUCGCCCAGACAUGGAUAUGGGUGCGCUCAGGAGGCAGCUGGAGUCCUCCGAGCAGAAGCCGUCAGCAGCGGAGGACAAGUACGUGACAUUGGAGUCCGGGCUGAGAAGCAGAAUUCAGGAGCUGGAGCUGUCAGAAAGGAAACUCCUCCGGCAGGUGGACCAGCUGAGCACCCACGUGGCCCAGGAGAGAAGCGCCUGGCUCCAGGCCCAGGAGAAGCUGGCGGCGCUGCAGGGGGAGCUGCCCAGCCAGAUCCGGGAGAAGGAGAGCGUGGCCAGGCGGCAGCAGUGGCGGCUGCGGCGGUUGCAGGAGCGCUUGCGGUGCAAGGAGGAGGCACUGGGGCAGCAGGCGGCGGCCCUGGAGCGCUGCCGGCGGACCCAGCGGCGCCAGCUGGGCCUGGUGCGCGAGCAGGGGCGCGUCCUGCGGGAGCAGGUGCAGCGGCUGGAGCGCGACGUGCGGCGCCUCUGCCGCGCCGCGGGCCUCCUGGGGGCCCAGUGGGACACCACGGCCCCGGGCUCCCAGGGCGCCACCGAGGCGGCCGCGGAACUGCGCGCCCUGCAGGCGAGGGCAGAGCGCAGCGAGCGCGAGCGGGAAGAGGCGGCGCGCAGGCUGCAGGAGCACCGGGCCACCGAGCACCAGCUCCGCGGGCAGCUGGAGGAGCUGCGCUGCUGCAUUUAUGGGCUGAAGCUGUCAGAGAUUGGCCUGCAGGGACAGGUGGAGGACCUCGCCCAGCAAAACCAGUGCCUGCGAGAGGAGCUGCUGGGAGCCCAGGCCCCUAUUGGUCACUGCAGCCUGGACGCUCUGGGCUGUGUUCAGGGUGACUCACUGCCCCUGCCCAGGGAGGAGGCCCUGGACCCCUGCAGAAGCCAAGACUGGCGGAACUCCGUGCGAUCCGAUGAUGCACCCAGACAAAGGGCCCCAGCAGGCCAGUCCCGAGAGGGGCCCUGCACCUGGAGCUGCAUCAGGCCUGGACGGGCCUCUUCUGUUUUGGCUCCAGGCCCAGAGACCACAAGCGAGCUCCCCAGAGACCUGGCCGGAUCCAACCGUGAACAGCUUACUCUGGCAGAGCCCAGCUUGGAUGAACAGAUUCUUCUCCCGGUCUGUGGCUGCCCACCAGAGGAGUGCUUGGACGAGUCACUCCUCCCCAUGGACCUGGCCCGGAUUUCAGAGAAUCGAGCAGCUGACCCAGCUGCAGAAGCCUUUCUCCUGGUGCAGACGUCCGCACUCCCUCUCUGGGGGCCGGCUGGGGACUCCGCUUCUUGGCGACCACUGCUGCUCCAGGAGGUUCCCUCAGAUGGACAACAAACCCAAGAAGAGUUGGCCACCAGGUCCCCGCCUCCUCCCAAAGCCACAGGACACCCAGGCUGGGAUUGUCACCAGACAAGAGGCCGCGGUGCCUCCCUCUUCCACGAGGCCCCCUACAUUUCAAAUCACCCAUUUCCGAAAAAACACCCCAAGGAUCUGAAAGACACUUGGAACAAUGGAGGAGGAAGCCUUGCAGGGAGAACUGAAGAGGGGGAGGCAAGGGGGACUUUUGGCAGGAAGGGGAAAAACCUUGGUGACAAGUACCAGCUAAGUCAGGAAAGCCAUCAGAACCUGAGCUUGGAGAAUGGGGCUGGAGCUGCAGAGGACAUGCAGGAUCAGAAUGGGGCUUCAGAGACUAAGGCCGCCACCUGCCGCCCUGGGUCCUGGCAGGAGUUUUUGAUGCCUCUUCUACAGGGGGAGGCCUCAGUAUCAAAGGAGGGUCCUGAAUCCCUGAGCAGGAGGGAAAGGGUGGAAGGAUACAUCUGGGGUCUCCGAGGAGGACUGUCAUCAGAGAAUGAGGAAGUGGCACCCUCAGCCACCUUCUCCAGGGCUCAUGAGACCAAAGAGCCAUGGCCAACAGACAGUCAGCUCCUUGCAGGGAAAGUCAGAGCCACUGGGAGGACAGCUAGGGGCAAGGAGGAAAACCAAGUGUGGCUUGGAAAUGCUCUGCUUCUGCAAGGAGGAAGCCUGGAGGACAAAGGGCUAGAGGAAGAGGAUGAGAUGCCGCAUCAAGAAGCAUCCGGUCUGGGGUGCAGGGGUGCCCCCGAGGAGCCUGACUCCCAGGAGCAUGAGAGCAAGGAAAUGCUUUUCUUUGCAGGAGAGACAGGUUUGCCACUGUUUCCCAGAUUUGCCUUAUCAGUUGAAGGGGCCGAACCCACUGAUCAUGGUCAUCCACAGGCUGUGAGCAAAGGACACGACAGGUGUGCACUCACAAUCGAUGAGCUUGCACAGGACGUGGAGGCUUGUUUCCAGCAGCUGUCCACCCUGCAGCCGGGCAGCAGGGGCUGGCAGUGCUCAGCCUCUGCAUGUAGGGGAGAGAACUGGAGCUUUGCUCAGAAGUGGCACAGUGGCUGGGAGAGAGCUCACUCUCAGCAGGUUUGGGGAAAUUGGGGUAUUUGUUCUAAUGAAGAAGCGAAGUCUAAAGAGAAUGGUGAAGGUGAUAAGCCGGGAAAGACCACGGCCCUGGGCACCAGCGAAGUUCCUGGUAACCCAGGGACACUGCCUGAUUGGGAUGAAGCCAGCCCAAACCCUCCACAGGGGCCUGCUGAGCCCUGGGGUGCCCUCGAGAGAGUGAGGAGCAGGUUUCAUCAGCUCAUUUCUGGAUUGAAGAAACAGAGAAGCCAGAUUUUACAUGACAACACCAAACUUCACGGAGACCAAGAGAGGUUCCAUGAAAGAGUGUGCGCCCUUGAAAGAGAGAGAGAGAGAGAGGUGACAAAAAUAUCCAGGCUCGAGCGGGAUAACCACAGGCUGGUAGGGGACAUCUCUCAGUUAAAGAAAGAACUGGACCAAUAUUUACAGGCAAUCUCUGACCUUGAAGCCUGCAAUGGGAAGAGUUACGGCAAAAUUUUGGAGCUUGAAGAGGAAAAUGAAAAACUGAAAGGGAAUCUGGGCCAACUCCAGAAAGCCACGUCUGAGAGUGUCAGGAAAUCCAAAGACACGAUGGAGCAAGUCACCCUGGAAAACUGGAAGCUCCAGACGCUGAUCGCGGAGCUUGGCGUCAGUUAUAAAGAGCUGAUAAAGGAUAUCGUGCUAGGAAUAGAAGACAUGAUCCGGGCCUUAAGUGGGGAGAACGAGCACCUUCUACGCAGGGUCCAUGUCCUGGAGAGGGAAGUCACCUUGCAGAGGAGCACGGAUCAGGGGCGUUUGGUGAGGGGAAGGGAGCACCUCCAGGGAAAAGCCAAGAUGCACGCUCUAGACAAAGAGGUGCAGGUGACUCCACUCACAGGACAGCUGCUUUCAAGAGCCUGUGGGCCACCCUUGGAGGAGGAAAUGAGUCUGGCUGCAGGGCAGACAGGACCUUCCACAGGCACCGGGAAUUCCAGACGUGGUGCUGAUUCUCCCCCUCCAUCGCUGGUCUGGAGAAACACUGGUGUAGCCAAUGCCCUGCAAGGAAAUGUCAGUGGAGCAGAAGUGAAAGAAGCACAUUUGGAGAAAGAGGAGAAGAGGCCCAGGUGUUCUGUGGCUCAGGGGCAAGCUCUGAGCUCCCUGAGCAAUGGCCCCACGCUCCGGGACUCAGAGGCCGAGGUUACUGAGGAGGAUCCCAGGCUGCGUGCCCAGCAGCUCCAUCACCGGGUGCUGACCCUGCAGUGCCAGCUCAGGGACCAGGGCGCUGCCCACCAGGCAUCUCUGGACGAGGCCACCCGCCUCCAGGAGGAACUCCAGGCCAAGCUUGAAGAACUUCAGAAAAAGCAACAUGAAGCAAAGUUGGCGGUGACUCCCCUGAAGGCCAAGAUAGCUUCCCUCGUCCGGAAGUGCCGGGAGAGGAACCGCCUGAUCACCCACCUGCUGCAGGAGCUGCACAGACAUGGGCUGGGGAACCUCCUGCUCUCCGAGCUGGCGCAGAACAUGCUCAACGACGUGGCACUGGCUGAGUACACGGCCGUCUUCCUGGCUCCGGGAGUCCCAGAGACAAGUCACCACCUGGACGUCAAGUCUGAGAUGACGGCAGCUUUAAGAGCUCAGACAUACCUCUUGAAUCCUGAAAUGGACAGUGUCCUCCAAAGCUCAUUGUCUUCAGAGUCCUGGCCUGUUCCCGAGCCGGAGUGGCCAGCACAGACAGCCCAACUGGAUUCUCUGAAGCUCCCUCUGUCCUUGGUGUCCACGCUUGAUCCUGGAACGUGCCUGGCAGCGGUGACUGUGGAACCAGGUGUCCCCGCACAACGUCUGCAAGAAAAAGGUGGAAUGCCCUGUCCUGCCCUCCAAGUCGAUAAUGUCCCAGCACCCUCUGAGCUCCUGAGCCCAGCAAGGAUCCUGGCUUUUCACCAAGAGCUUAGACAAAGCAUUUGCAGCAAUUCCCAGGUUCAUAAAUCACCGCUGGAGUUAGAAAUGUAAUAGGGCCACUCAUUCUCCGGAGCCAUUUCAUAGACUCCAUAAAUAUUUGAAGCAGAACCUUCAGAGAGUGCUUUAAGAAAUUGGUAGCAAUCAGAGCCCUCAUUUAGUGGCAAGUGGUUUUGCCUUCGGCUUUGGGAUUUUGUGUUCAUUGUCAGAGCUUGAGAGAAAUGCUGGCCUGUGCCUGGCAAAUUCCGAGGAGUUUGGCUUUGGCAAUGUCAAGGCAGCAUAGGAAACAUUUACUGUACCAAAACCUAUUGAAUGAUUGGUCCAGAGGUUCUCAACUGGGCGCAGUUUUAGCCCCCCAGGGAAAAUCUGGCCAUGUCUGGAGACAUUUUUGGUUGUCACAGCUGGGACACUGCUACUGGCAUCUGGUGGGUAGAGGCCAGGGAUGCUAUGAAAUGUCCUACAAUACCCAGGCCAGCCUCCUACAGCAAAGAAUUACAGCCCGAGGGUCGCCAGUGCUGAGGUCGAGAGCCCAGGACGGAUCUCAUAGCUCCCAUCAAGAUCAGCCAUGGAGAAUUGUUUUGGUUUUUUUUCUGCCCCCGGGGUCCUUCCCAUGUUUUAAAAGAUUUUUUGUCUACUAAGUGAAACGCCUAACUUAAGUCACCAUAUAUUUUACAUUUAAAAACAUUAAAACUAACCAGAACUUUCUAAUCAGUCCAUCCACUCCAAAAACGUCUGUUGGUAUCCACUGGAUGCCAUGCAAUGUGGCAUGAAGGAGAAGAGACAAGUCAAUGUUGAUCCUGGCGCCGGGGACCUCACAGGACAAUGGGAGAGACACUCCUGUGAGUAAAUCAGCACGCACGCAAGUGUCACAUGUGCCCUGAGCAACGGGAUGAAGGCAAGGGUCCGUUCUACUUGGCUUGGGAGAACUGGAAGUCAGCCACAAAGGAAUGGCUGGGCAGUGUCUGGUGGGUGAGGUGGGAAGGGUGCUGCUGUACGAGGGAACGCAUGUGCAAAGGCCCUGAGGCAUAAAACUGAACUGUGGAUGUGCCCCUGGAGGGGAAGUGGGCAAAGCAUGCUCUUUUCAAGCCAGCUGCAAGCAGUCACUGCGUCGUUCCCAUCCAGCACCCCUUCCUUCCACCGAGAACAGAGACUCAUGCCCCGAAUCAGGUGGGCGACCCAGGAGAAGAGCACUUCUAUCCUGAGGGCAGCCCCCCAAAAAGAGAGUCCAGGGGGCUUGGACGACACACACCAGACCCUGACCCAGGCUCACCCACCAGAGAUGUCACCUCUCUCUUUGGGAAGGGGCUGAGGAGGGGCUUAAGGGAAAGGCCAAAGCCGCUACCUGUCCAAUUCUGUCCUCUCCUGGAAGUGACUGUCCCUUCAUGGAAGGACAAACAAGGACAAGGACAAGGAACUGACGGCUCCCCAGGAAGUGUCAAAGUGCAUAGAUUUAUUUUAACGUAGUUUAGCUUUUUGUUUUGAAAUGAAAAUUACACAGAGUUCCCAUAGACUCUUCCCCGGGCUUCCCGUGAUGUUAACAUCUCAUGUGACUUAUGUUGUACAAUUAUAGAAACUAGUGGGUUUUAUUUCGAGGAAAAUUGGGGAGCCAUUGAGACGUAAGAAAGGCAGCCUCAGCACAUUGAGUUCCACCCUUUAAAUUCGUUUAUGGGGUUUUCUGAUGGGUUAGCACAUUCAUCCAUGUAUUCCUGGAUUGAUUUACCCACAGAUCUGUCUAUUUAUUUAUUUAUUCAAUAUGCAUUUAGUGACUGCUGUGUGAGUGUCUGGCUGGAUGCUGCUGGGGAAGAAGUAAAGAUGAUGCUGUCCACCUAGGUUUUCAGGGACCCCCCUGGAGACCCUGUGGCCCCGUUACCACCCCUCAAGAAUCCCCAGAUUGGAAACCACUGCGGUGAUCCCUUUGUUGGUUCGACCACCCCAGGGCUUCCCUAUAAUUUCCAAGCUGGAAGUGACCUGCAGCACUGGUUCGGUGAUCCGCCUUCUGCCUCCCUCUGUAUUUUGGGACAACGUCAUUAGCUUUGAGCAUCAGGAACAUGACAGAGAGAGGACAGAAACCCGGUGCAGCCGAGGACAGCCAGCUGAGCCCUUGCUGAGCCAGCGAGAUGCAGCGUGGUGCCACCACAUCUGGUCUCCAGGAAUCCCAGGAGCUCAGACGUCCGUCGUCUUGUGACUUCAUGCCCCCCUGUGCUGCGCUCACGUGCUGGGCCUGGGCAGAAAGGCAACCCAGGAAAUCCAUUAAAGCAAGCCAAGACGACCUUUGCAGCGUAACCCAACGAUUCCCUAAUAAAUCAUGUUUCCAAGGCAGAGCCACUUAUUCUCCCGGGCCCUGAAUUGCCGUCUGGGUCUAGCACUUUGGGUCGGCUCAAGCUUUGUGCCGUGGCUCCCUGGGGCACAGUACAGGAUGGCGGACUCCCCUCGCCUGGUCUGUAGACCCCAGCAUUUGGAAGGGCACAUGGUGGCUCCUUGCCACCCAUCAGAUGCUCCAGGGGCAGGACCUGCUCUGGCAACCCAGCAGGUUCAGGCAGGAACUUGGCACACAGGAGCUGGUCUCAGGCUGCCCCACAGGCAGGGAAUGACUACGAGUGACCCCGAGGCCUCUGGAGACCAGCCAGACGGUCCAGCCUGGCUCUGCAGCAGAAAACAAUUUGUCACACGGACUGUCAGCAAACAACCAUGGCGGACUUCCCUGGAGGCGGAGCCAUAAACCCUGCGAGAGCCUCAUGGGAAAUCACGACUUCUCCGUGCCCGUCGCUGUCAGCACACAGAUCUGCCUGCUGGUUUCCAUAAGCACUUGGUCAGAGC